AUGUCCAACCGCCUGCCGACCUUCAACGGCCGCGCCUCGCUCGAGCGCAUCGGCCGCUGCCUCGCCUUCGGCUGCAACCCCGACCAGACAGCCCUCGCCGCAAGCCUCGUCGCCCGCAUCGCCAAGCGCGCCGCCCCCGUCUACGCCAUCCUCCAGGGCUACCCCGCGCGCCCGGGCUUCACGAUCCCCCACCUCCGCGUGCCCGCCAACGCCACCUGGCAGCCCUCCGCGACGAGCGCCGGCCUCGACGCGACAUCAUGGCAGAGGAAAGCAGACAGCAACGCGACGUACCUGGCCAUAGCGAACGAGGCGCUGUACCAGACGCUGGCGCACGCCCGGGACACGGCGCCCCCGGACCUGGCGGCCCAGUGGCAGGCGUUGCUGUACGGCGCGCCGCCGGCUGAGGGGGCUGCGACGGCGGCGGCGGCGGUGACGAUCAAGAAUGCGAGGACCAACAUCAUGCCGAGCCACGUACGUUGCCUCCUUUUUGUCUCCUCCUUUUGUGUUCCCCCUUUCUGCCCCUUUUUGGGCUGCCCCAGAUCGCAGCAUACGGACAGACAGCCGACUAACGUCCCAGGCCAUGACCGAGCCGGAGACGAUACGCGCCUUUACGAGAUUCAUGCCCUGGACGCGGGACGCCAAGACGACGCAGAGCAUCGUCGUGCAGACGCUCAUCUGGUCGCUGACGCGCGGCACGCUGCUCGCGCGCACGGGCACGACGCUGUCGCUCUACGAACCCAUGCCGGCUGGCUCGUCGGCGAGCUCGACCGGCUGAGCGCCGUCGAGAACACGAGCGCCGAGACGCGCCUGCGCAAGGCCAAUGCCGUGCUGCGCGGCAUCGGCCGUGACCUGCGCCGGCUCGAAGAGCAGACGUGGAACCGCGCCGACGCCGUCGAGACAUGGCGCGCCAAGGGGCGUGAGGAAGCCCGGGGGGAGGAGCAUGCUUCGGGCUGGGAUGCUUCGGCUGGAUGGGAUUGCAUCAACGGGUGA